UCUCUCUCUCUCUCUCUCUCUCUCUCUCUCUCACUCCUCGUCACUCGUUGUACCGGGACGACGUUUACACGGUACGUCACGGGAGAGAGACAAAUAAGGUUGACCAGGGUGUCCCGCGGUAUUCAUGGUGAGAGACAACGGGUAAAGUGAACGGUGCGCGCGGUCGUCGACGACGACACAAUACGACGACAACGAAGCGAGGGGAAGCCGCGGCAGCGAGAAGGGAUCCCCGAAGGGACAGCCUCGGUUGCAGCUGGGCGCUUGGGGGCGGUAGGGCGGGGUGGGGUGGACGGCGGGAGACGGAACAACUGACAGAAAACAAGAAAGAGAGAGAGAGAGGAAAGAUGCCGGGCCUAAUCGCCGUAAGCGAGUUCGUCGAGGAGACGAGGGAGGAUUAUAACUCGCCCACCACGUCCACUUUCGUCUCGCGAAUGCCACAGUGUAGACAGACCAUCACGUCCCUCGAGGAGACCUUGGACUUUGAUAGAGAUGGUCUCACGAAACUGAAAAAGGCUAUCAAGGCUAUCCAUAAUUCCGGAAACGCUCACGUGGACAAUGAGGUGUACUUAGGAAGGGCGUUAGAGAGACUCAAAUUCGCGGUGGUCACGAAGGAACUAAGCGCCCUCAUGAAAACUCUGAUGCAAAAUAUCAACAACAUCGUCAUGUUUCCGCUGGAUUCGGUGCUGAAAGGUGACUUAAGGGGCGUGAAGGGAGACCUGAAGAGGCCUUUUGAGAAGGCUUGGAAGGACUACGAGGCCAAGUACGCGAAAAUCGAGAAAGAGAAGAAGCAGCACGCGAAAGAGGCCGGUCUGAUUCGUACGGAGGUCACACCCGCCGAGAUCGCCGACGAAAUGGAGAAGGAGAGACGAUUGUUUCAGUUGCAAAUGUGCGAGUAUUUGAUCAAAGUGAAUGAGAUCAAAACGAAGAAGGGCAUCGAGCUAUUGCAGCAUCUAGUCGAAUAUUAUCACGCGCAAACAAAUUACUUUCAGGAUGGUUUGAAGACCAUUGAACACUUUGGCUCGUACGUAGCCGACCUCAGCGUGAAGCUACAAAAAAUCAGACAGACGCAGGAUGAAGAAAGGAGACGACUAACGGAACUCAGAAGUCUUCUUAGGAGUUCUGGAUGUGACAAGGAGUUGAACGCGAACGCGAACGCUGGUUACUCGCUGCACCAGCUGCAAGGUGACAAGCAACACGGCGUCACGCGUUCCGGCCACCUGCUGAAGAAGAGCGAGGGCAAGAUGAGGCGAGUCUGGCAGAAGAGGCGGUGUGCCGUGCAGGCGGAGGGCUACCUCGAUAUCUGCCACGCGGACGAGAACAAACCGCCCACCAGGGUGAAUCUAUUGACCUGCCAGAUCAAAUUGGUGCCGGACGACAAACGGGGCUUCGAUCUCAUCAGUUACAAUAGGACGUACCACUUUCAAGCGGAGGACGAAGCGGACCAACGCGCAUGGAUGUCGGUCCUAGUGAAUUGCAAGGAGCGUGCCCUGCUGCGGGCGUUCGACGCGAGCGGCAAGGCGGAGGCCGGUAGUGGCAAUCCUAGCCUCGUAGAGCUGCAGCAGGCCGUCAUACGAUGCGUUAUGCGAUUACCCGGAAACGAUCAGUGCUGCGAUUGCUCCUCGCAGAACGACGCCACGUGGCUGUCGACGAACUUCGGCAUAAUAGUGUGCAUAGAGUGCAGCGGCAUCCACCGAGACUUGGGCGUGCACAUAUCGCGAAUACAAUCCUUGACGUUGGAUAACGUCGGCACCGCUCAACUAUUACUCGCUCGACACAUGACCAAUCAGGCAUUCAACGAGGUGAUGGAGGCGACUUUACGUCACAAUCUCAAGCCGUCGCCGACAUCGUCGAUGGAAGAACGAUACGAGUUUAUACGCGCCAAAUACGUGGACAAGAGAUAUGUGAUGAGCACAUGCGCGGAUGAGCGCGAUCUACUUUCCGAUUUGGAGCAUGCUGUUAAUAACCGUGACUUACAACAACUUCUGCAAGUCUACGCCGAAAACGUGGAUCUGGCUGCACCGUUGCCAACAUCGGACGUAGGUGAAACGGCGUUACACUUGGCCAUUCUGCGCGAGAUGGGCAGCAGUCUGCACAUCGUGGACUUUCUAGUGCAAAACAUGCCUAGCGGUGGCAUCGAUAGGGCAACUAUCGACGGCGAAACGGCAUUGCAUCUUUCCGCGCGACACGACAGAGCGGAAGCAAUGAAACUGCUUCUGCGAGCUGGCGCGGAUCCCUCGCAUCGGAAUAAACAGGACAAGACUCCGCUGGACAUUGCGCAGGAAAUGGGACAUCAUACCUGCAAAGAAUUGCUCAGUCACGCUCUCCAGAGGCAGAAGACAUUAUUUGACAACGUAAACAUUGAUUGGAAUCUUUCUCACGAUGAGGGUUCCACAGACUUUUCCGAUGACGAAACGAUAAUAGAGGAUAGGAACGGAUGCCUGACGCCUGAAAAGAAAUCACGUAGCAGACCACCAUCAUACGCCGGAGGCGGUGGUACUGGAUCGGGUGAUUCCCCGGUAACAUUGCGCAGUCGGAGCAGCACCUGCGAUAGUUUACAAAGUGGAUCCUCUCCGAGUGCCUCGACGAAUCGCCAACAAAUGCCCCCGCCGCCGCCGCCACAAGCGAGGAAGCCUGUUGCUGUUCCCACUCCCAUGGCGCCGGACAUUUCACUGAACAUCCAUGGCUCGCUGAAGAAGCGGGUAGCGCCACCACCACCACCAACCACUGGAAAUGCUGCUACCGCGAGUGGCGUUGUACUACCGUCAUCGCACUAUGGUACGCUACCAACAUUGGCUACGUCGACGCACAGUCGUACGACCAGCGAGCCGAUUUUAGCUGGCCACACUUUACACACUCUACCGCAUACGUUGAAUACACUAAAUAGCCAACAUCAUAAGAGAUCACCGAGUGGCGACUCGUCGAUCGGACACGGUAUGGACAAGAUAAACAGCUCAACGCUGCAGAGACCGCGAAAUCCACCGCCUCCGGCGCCGUCCGGCAUCACGUCCAGACUCAGCAACGGACGAAGCAGUGAGUCCCUGAGCUCCAUGUGCUCGGAUCACGGUCUGGGCAAUCCCAUUCCGCCACCGCGAAAGCGAAGGGACCGGUCCAGGCUAGAGAGCUACGCCGAAGAGCCUUCAUCUUUGCUCCUAAAUCUGAAUCUGCCAACGUCGUCGACCUUGACGGGUCUUCGACGCUGUCGAGCUCUGUACGACUGCGUGGCCGACAACGAGGACGAGUUGUCAUUUCGCGAGGGCGAGGUCAUCAUCGUGACGAACGAGCAGACCGACGAUGACAAUUGGAUGGAAGGCGCGCUGGAACGAGCGCCAGAACGACGGGGCAUGUUUCCGAUCAGCUUCGUGCACAUGCUGCAGGAUUAACAUUCGGUAAGCCUCAACUCGUUAACGAGCGUCACGAGCACUGCCAGUUCGAUGAGUGUCGCCAGUCUCGGCCGAAGAAGCUGGCUAAGGAAGCCAAGGGAAUGAACCAACAUGACACGCAUUCAAGCUAUCUUCCGUUGUCUCUUCAGAGCUCGAAGAUUAUCAUAAGCGUUCAAUGAAACGAACGUUAGAGACGUUAACGAGCGCCGUUACUAAAUAAAGAGUUUAGUCUGCAUUUGACUCUCUUAUUCCCGUCGAGUCUCGUAAAAAAACUGAUAUUCUUAAAAAGAAAGAGUGCAUCAGUUGCGAGUAAAAAGGUGCAAUUUUACACCAGAUAUAAUAAAUACUUAAGAAAAUUGAACAAAAUAGUGAUAUAAAUCUAUUAUUUUGUUUUUAAACAUACGAAACAAGCUUAUGAUCCUAGUUCAUUCUUAUUUUUUAUUGCUCUACAAAGAGAAAGUGAUUCAAUAGCAUAAAAAAAUAAUAAAAUUUUAUAUUAUUUUAAAAUGCAUUUAUAAUUAAAAAGCAAAAUUAAUAUACAUUAAAAUUCUAUUUUUACUAAUUAAUUGAUAUUACUGUUAUAUAUAUUUGGCAUAAUUAUUUGCUAAUUCAAGUUUCAUUAUCCAGAAAGAUUACAUACCUUAUUGACGAUUUCUUGAACUCUAAAGAGUUCUAAGAUUUUUCUUUACUAUGGCAUAAAGUUAUUUCUGUUCGUACAACGGUACUUCUCAGCUUACAGUACUUUACGAACGAUUCUUUCAAAUCGAUCAAAUAUUUUAUAGCAAAUCAAUUUUUAUUUUUGUCAUGUAUGAUACAUGAUCAACAUAUACUAUGUGAUCCUGUGUUUUGUUCAAAGGAAAUUAAAAAUAAAUAUUAAUUUACUUUUUCGGUUCAAGUAAAGUUAAUAGACACCUCGAAGAUUUUACACUGACAAUGAGCCAUAAUCAAUACGUACAUCGUGAAUUGCACUAACUAUGUGACUGCAAAAAAAAAAUAAUGUUGUGUCGGCUAUUAGUGUCUUACGCUGGAUGACAAUCAUAUGGAGAGAUCUUUGAAGGCACGUGAAUAUUACAGUCGAUAAUGGAUAAUCGGGAAUAUCUUCUUGUCAUCCAGACAGAUAUGAUUACGCAGCGAGGUUUAUCUUUCCUCGAAGUGUAAUUUCUUCUCUCGUUCUCUUUGAAACAUAAGAUUUAAAAAAAAAAAAGCUAAUUGUACAAACGCCGCAAUGUCGACAUUCGCUGGUUUCCGGUGUUUGUCGAAGAAUGUUGUAUCUGAAGAGUUUAUACGUAAAGAUCAUAUAUGUAAUCGUCUAUUCAUAUUAUAUAUACUUUUACGAUAUCCAAGAUAUAAUCUAUAGUUAGAAAUCCGGCUAACAAAGUAUGACGUUCGAGGUGAUACAAGAACAUGUCGCGUAUUGCAGCGGCCGAUGUUAAAAUCAAGAAAUUAAAGAUUAAUCUUGAUCGUAAAACUGCGCGACGCUAAUGUGAUAUAUAAUAUUUCAGAGAAUUGUUAACGCAUGCAUUGAAACGAACAAAUCGUGCGUCGAAUGACAUUUUCCAUAAAUAAAAUAAUAUAGAUUUUGUUCAAUUCAUUCAACGUAUGUACAAGACGCUUCUAAAAAAAGAGAGAGAGAAAGAGAGCACAAACAAGCAUCUAUCGAUAGAGAAAAACUUUAAUAAUAAAUAUAUAAUAAUAAAUAAUUAUAUGUAGAAAACACUCUCUCUCUCUAAAAAAAUAUAUAAAGACUCGAAUCUGCAGGUUAGAGAAUUAAGCUUUCACGGGAGCUUACACUUUAAUGUCUGAAAAAUCUUGUAUAAUACACUCUCGAGAUACUGAUUACGUUAAAGAGGAAAAGAAAUAUGCACAGUUCACACGGUUUCGGUGUCUCAACGUUCGUGCGUUCUAUUGAUCUGGCAAACACUUCUUUUUUUUCAUACUGCCAAUAAUGGAUCGACUUAACGUAAGGAUAAAUGAAACUCUCGUGGUAUAGAAUAUCGUAUUUAUACCCUCUACAUUUAGCGCUAAAUACUGAUUCUUCAAGUCUGAGAUGCCAAUCAAAUGUAUGAUCUUCAUACGAGACAAAUAAAUCUCAGAAUCAAACUAUCAGAUCUGACGUUAAAUGUAAGGUACAAAUAUGAAAUCGUAGUCUUUAUAAUGGCGAGGUGAUUAAAAUUAGCGUAAAAAAAAAGAAAAGAAGAUAAGGGGGCGAAUUUUACGGUCGUCAAGCACGAGAUGUUAUACACCGAUAUUGCAUGAGACAUAGUAUUAUUAGCGUACUCGAUUUAAAUGUCGUUAUGAACGAGUGUAUAUUUUUUUUCUGUAAUGCCAUACUACAUGUUAGUCGAUCAUCAAAUAGAAUAAAGUGCUCGAAACCGGUUAUUAGCCGCCAAGCGUGCUACGAAAAAUGACGAAAAUGACGCGGACAGGCGGAAAUCUUCACGUCGCGUUACGUUAUUAUAUUCUAUUUGAAUGUACGAGACCAAAGAGGAUAUUGCAAAAAAAA